AGUGUUUCCAUUAACAGCCUGUACGGCAAAAAUAGAUUAGCAACAUUCUUGAUACAGAAUUAAUAUUCCUACUUGCUCAAUGUACAAUACUCAAAAUAUUCCUUCUACUGUUUCGCACGAGAUGUACGUGCUUCUUACUUUUCUCGCAGUAUGUGCUACAGCAUUUUGCUCAAAGCCUUCCUUUCUCCAAAACAUGUCCAGUGCAGCCCUGUCGGAGUACAGACAAAUACAAAUGAGGUGGGAUUUGAGCUAUUUCGAAAUAAGGAAACAAAUUGAGCAUUGGGGAGACAAGCAUGGAGUAAAAGACAAAUUAAGAAAGUUCUUGGACGACAGGGAGGAUGACAAAAAGACACACAGCUACAAUUUUUUGGAGCUGAUAACAAAGCUACGUCCUUUUGCUAGAAGGCUUAUGAUCAUUGCGAACGAUCGUGAAAAACCUUUGAAGCAAGUAAAAGCAGAGAGAGACAAGUUCAAAGCUGCACAUCAUAUGGAGUUUGAAGUGCUAAAAUAUGCAUGGAAAGUGGCGAAUGGAUAUCUUCAACAAAAGACACAGGAAGGUUUAAGUAAACAGGAAGACGAUACCGUUUAUCCAUGGACGUCUAUCGAUGAGAGUUUAUCGUGACAGGAAUAAAAGUUUAAUUUAU